CUUUUCAAUUGGAGUGGCACUACCUGAGGAAACGGUUUGUUAAUAGCGAGGGACACAUUCAAGAAGAGUCCCUUCGUACAGUAAUGGAGCUGGUCACAGGGGAAGCUAUUCGUAAAAUCUGCCAACUUUUCCUUGUGGCUUCUUCAAGUUUACAACAAGAGAACGAGAAACUGAAGAUAAAGGUGGGGGAGAUAAAUGAAGUUCUGAAGACGAAGGUGGAGCAGAUGGAUAAAGAUUUGAAGGCCAUGAUGGAGAAGGCUAAUGGGUAUAGAGAGUUUCUUGCUAAAAUACAGACACAAGCAGAACCAAAGGGACCGACACACAUUCUGGUUAAUGGAAUGGUGUUUGCAAUACCACCAGUUGAUUGCCGAAUGUUGCCUGGAAUAACAGCGGCUCCAGCUUCUCCAGGGAAUGUCAGUCAAUCAAAUGCUGUCACCACGGCAACGUCAGUCUUUGCAGGUCCUGCAAAGGUUGGCAGUGACCCCAUAGAGGACUCUUCCUUGGAAUGUGACUCUUCUCUGGGAGACACAAAUGGAAUGAAUACAGACCCAUCACCAAGAGAAAAGAAAUCAGACGUUGAGCAAUUUGUCGCUACUCUGCCAGAAGUAAAAGGCGGCCAGGGAAACCAGAAAAACAGCGGCACUAGUAAAGGGACACGACCAAAAGAAAUCAAGAGGUUCAAAUGUGAUGUUUGUGAGAAGACUUUUAGCCGGAACAAACGGCUGGUACAGCACAAGCUAACUCACACAAAACCCUUUAAAUGUGAUAUUUGUAAAAAAAACAUUCAGCAGAGAAGAGUCAAUGAAAGGUCACAGGCUUAGACAUACAAGACCCUUCAAGUGUGAUGUUUGUGACAAGACCUUCAGCCAAAACCGCUCACUAGCAUGUCACAUGGUAGUCCACACGGAAGAGAGGCCAUUCGCUUGCGGUCAAUGUGGCAAAACAUUCAGCAUGUCUACGCAGUUUGAAAAUCACAUGUUGCGUCACAGGGGAAAGGCGUGCAUUUGCAUUGUCUGUGGAAAUGCAUUCUCUACAAAGAAAGAACUGAAACAGCAUAAGCUUGUUCAUGGUGAGAAGCCAUUCAAGUGCUUGACUUGUGGAAAAGGUUUCACAUCUAGGACCAUGCUCAAAGUGCAUGAGAGAAUCCACACAGGUGAAAAACCAUACAUCUGCGAUUUAUGUGGGAAUUGUUACAGGCAUCGCGGUGGACUGAGUAGUCAUAUGC